AUGGCAGAUCCGCUCUACGUCGCCGGCUUGGCGACGGGCCUGGUCUCACCGGGCCUCCAGGCGUCCAGGUCGUCGCAUCACAUCGUUUACGCAAGACACCAGACCGAUUGCCUCGACAAGGCACUGCAGGCACACCAGGCGUCAACCGCUGCGGUGCAUGGUUGUCUCGACUCUUGCCGCCAGGAGCUCAAGGCGCUGCAAAAUCUGAUAGCCCAGCUCACCGGGGCCCGACCAGCUGCUUUUAGCCGGCCGCAGAUCGAGCAGCUAGGAUUAAGGCUACAUAACACCAAUACGACGCUUCAUUCCAUAUCACGAGCCGGUACAGAGAAGCUAGCCGUGCUCGAAUCGACUUUCACAGAACCCGUAGCAAUAGGGACUCCUGUUCGAGAACUCCACGCCGACCUUCCUCAGCUCCAGGGCAUACCAGCGCACCUCGACCAAAUCGAGACCCUCCUCAGCCAGCAGCUUACUAUCGGCAACCUAGUGGGGAGUGCCAUGCUACAGCAGGAUGAACUCAGGAUGACUGACAGAGUGGCGACUGGCCGGUUUCCUCUUUAA